CCGGAUUUAAACAAAAAAGAAAGUCUGCAAGGCAAAGCGCCGGCGACGUAUUCACUAGUUUCGUGGUGAAUCGACCGCUGACACUGCUUUUGAGUUUAUUUCACGAGACAAUAAAGACAGGUGUCCAAACGAACAAGGGCUGACACCUCGAAGACGUAUUGGUAUUUAGGUUCUUCCUUGACGUAGGUUCGCCGCGAAUCACUUGUCGUCCGAAACCCUUGCGCAGGCUACGUACGAUGCCCGUACAGAUAGCUUAUCGGUCACACACGAAGCUGUAGAAGAAAAAGUGCCACCGUCUGUCACUCGACCUGUGAGCAACGAGGAGCAUCCAAGCAUGCACGCGUUUCCCGUCGCGAUUGUCUCCGCCGGACUCUUGCUGCUGUCUCGCUGCUCGGAUGGCUACACAGGCAAGUCUGAGGCCUCGAUACAGGACGGCAAAUGCGUGUACCAGGGAGUUGAGAUUGCUCACAAUCGAACGGCCCAUAACGUGAGUCCCUGCGAAUCCUGGACGUGUGACGUGAACGAGGGCACUGUGCAUAUCGUUGGCUGCGUCACCUGGGGGGCGCCAGAAAACUGCCUCCUAGAAAAGAAGAUCAAGCCUCACCCGGGCUGCUGUCCCAAGGUUGUCUGCCCACCCGUCCGAACGUAAACCUGGCGCUGAAUACGGAUCCGGAGCGCCUCACUCGUACGAACAAGAUCAGGAUCAAGAUUUUAUUUUCAUAAAAUUGCAAGACAUAGUAAUAAACAUUGUGCGGCACCCUCAAUGGGGCCUGUUUUACCCGUGAAA